AUGCCCGCUACAGCUCGCGGCGACGGAGUAUCCGAUGAAAAGUCCAAGAACGGGGAUUCUUCAAAUUCACACCUUCAACCACAUCGAAAGGAAGUUAGCCCGACGCAAUGGGGGGUCGCUGCGCCGUGUAGCAGCGAAACCUUCAAAACUCGCCGUCAUGACCACAAACCGCUGGCUAAAAACUGGGAUCACCGCUUGACCCCCGAAUCAGCAAGUCGAACCGGCUCCUCCCUCAAAGCCGCCUUCAAGCACCUCCAAAAUCCGGACGUCAUAUCCCUAGGCGGCGGCCUCCCACCAAGCGACUACUUCCCCCUCUCAGCCAUAACCCUAACCGUCCCACCCCUCAACCCCUCCCCCCAAACCGACGCCAACCCCGCAACCCCAGCCCCCCACCACCACCUCCACGCCACCAAACACGACCUCUCGCACACCCUCAGCCCCUACGACCUCACCACCGCCCUCAACUACAGCCAAUCCAACGGCUCUGCCCCGCUCCUCCGCUGGCUAACCGAGCACACCGAACACCUCCACAACCCGCCCUAUGCCGACUGGGCAUGCACCGCGACGAUCGGCAACACGUCUGCGCUGGACAUGGCGCUGCGCAUGUUCGCGCGCCGCGGCGACGCCGUCCUGGCCGACGCGUACACGUUCUCCUCGGCCGUCGAGACGGCGGCGCCGAUGGGGGUGCGCUUCGUCGGGGUCGACAUGGAUGAGCAGGGCAUGGUGCCGGGGAGUUUGAGGCGGGUGCUGGAGACGUGGGAGGAGGGGGCAAGAGAGGGGGAAAGAGGAGGGGCGCGGAGGCCGGGGUUGUUGUAUGUGGUGCCGACGGGGCAGAAUCCGACGGGGGUGACGCAGGGGGUGGAGAGGAGGAGGGAAAUUUAUCGUGUCGCGCAGGAGUGGGAUUUGAUCGUUUUGGAGGACGAUCCGUAUUACUUUUUGCAGCUGGAUCUGCCGGGGACCGGAGAAGGGGCCGGCAGGGGCCCGCGUACGCCGGAGCAGCUGCUUGAGAGGCUGGUGCCGUCGUACUUGAGCAUGGAUACGGAUGGGAGGGUGGUGCGGAUGGAUUCGUUCAGCAAGGUCGUCUUUCCGGGGGCGCGGGUCGGGUGGAUCACUGCGUCGCAGCAGAUUGUGGAGCAGUACAAACAUCACGCCGACGUCUCGACGCAAGGCCCGGCCGGGCUGAGCCAGCUAGCGCUUUUCAAGCUGCUGGAUGAGCAUUGGGGCCACGCCGGCUACCUGAGCUGGUUGCUGCAUAUUCGGAGCGAGUACACGAGGCGGCGGGACUUUACCAUCGAGGCGUGCGAGCGGUAUUUGCCCGCCGGUAUUGUCAGUUGGAAGCCGGCUGAGGCUGGCAUGUUUCAAUGGCUGAAGGUGGAUUGCAGUAGCCAUCCCCAUGUUAAAUCCAAAACCGCCGCCGAGAUCGAAGAAGAAGUCUGGCUUGAGAGCAUCAAACGAGGAGCCCUUGUGGCCCGAGGUAGCUGGUUCCGUGUACCGGACGAUAGACCGCAUCGUGAUGUCUACUUCCGGAUCACAUUUGCGGCCGCUUCACUCGACAAAAUUGCCGAGGCUGUUAGACGUUUUGGGAAUGCCGUACACGAGUUAUUCCAUAGAGGAUAG